AUGCAAGAUCUUGCAAGAGCCCAGAAGAUCUUGCAAGAGCCCAGAAGAUCUUGCAAGAGCCCAGAAGAUCUUGCAAGAGCCCAGAAGAUCUUGCAAGAGCCCAGAAGAUCUUGCAAGAGCCCAGAAGAUCUUGCAAGAGCCCAGAAGAUCUUGCAAGAGCCCAGAAGAUCUUGCAAGAGCCCAGAAGAUCUUGCAAGAGCCCAGAAGAUCUUGCAAGAGCCCAGAAGAUCUUGCAAGAGCCCAGAAGAUCUUGCAAGAGCCCAGAAGAUCUUGCAAGAGCCCAGAAGAUCUUGCAAGAGCCCAGAAGAUCUUGCAAGAGCCCAGAAGAUCUUGCAAGAGCCCAGAAGAUCUGCAAGAGCCCAGAAGAUCUUGCAAGAGCCCAGAAGAUCUUGCAAGAGCCCAAGCAAGAGCCCAGAAGAUCUUGCAAGAGCCCAGAAGAUCUUGCAAGAGCCCAGAAGAUCUUGCAAGAGCCCAGAAGAUCUCGCCAGAGAGCCCAGAAGAUCUUGCAAGAGCCCAGAAGAUCUUGCAAGAGCCCAGAAGAUCUCGCAGAGCCCAGAAGAUCUUGCAAGAGCCCAGAAGAUCUUGCAAGAGCCCAGAUCUUGCAAGAGCCCAGAAGAUCUUGCAAGAGCCCAGAAGAUCUUGCAAGAGCCCAGAAGAUCUUGCAAGAGCCCAGAAGAUCUUGCAAGAGCCCAGAAGAUCUGCAAGAGCCCAGAAGAUGCAAGAGCCCAGAAGAUCUUGCAAGAGCCCAGAAGAUCUUGCAAGAGCCCAGAAAUCUUGCAAGAGCCCAGAAGAUCUUGCAAGAGCCCAGAAGAUCUUGCAAGAAGCAAGGCAAGACUAGCGGGAGAGGGUUGUCCACGUCUCCCCCACACCUUCGGAGAGUAG